AAAACAUCCCGGCGGAAACCGCGCUGGAACGCAAAUAAAAGCUGCAUCGAUCACGACUGAAAUUUCAGCCGACCGUCGUUUAUUCCUCGUCAUUCGCGGGCGCAAAGCUGUCCCCUCAAAUCCCGCGUCCAUCCCCGGCCCGACGUUUUCCGAACCAGCCUCACGUCGGUCUCUUGACGGAACGGAACUUUCGCCGUGACGUCACUGUUGAAAAUACCCGCAAUACAUUCGAUACCCAGACAUGGGCCAGUCCUGACUCCGCCGUGCGUUUGAUCCCGAGCAAUUUUCCUUGUCGGAAAAUCCGCGGUUUUUCCGGUUUUGGAAAGUGUCGUGUUCGGAUAUAUAUCGUGCUUCGCAUAGUCGCCGAACGGCCAACGCGGCGUUUGCUGACGGUGGCGACCUGUCGACCCAGCGAUUCGAUAUAUCUAAGCAACCUACUACCAGUGCGAGUUGAAAUUGUCAAUACUGCUGCUUAGCAUUGGGAGUUGCUCUGUGUUUUUUCCAAUUUCCUCGGGAAAUAAUUGUUUUUCGUCGCCUGAAACCCGAUCACCGCCCGUGAAAAGCUCCAGUCACCGGGAAACAGAUAGUAAAGAAUGGCAGCACCAGACAGUGGGGCCAACUUGAGCACCGGAGAAGAUGGCAUCGUCGGAGGACCUAGGACACCACAGCAAAUCGCAGCUCAAAAGAGGUUACAACAGACGCAGGCCCAAGUUGAUGAGGUCGUUGAUAUUAUGAAAACUAAUGUUGAAAAAGUACUUGAAAGAGAUCAGAAACUAUCUGAAUUAGAUGACAGAGCAGACGCUCUUCAACAGGGUGCAUCACAGUUCGAACAGCAAGCAGGGAAAUUAAAGAGGAAAUUCUGGCUUCAGAACUUAAAAAUGAUGAUCAUAAUGGGACUUAUAGGUCUUGCCAUUUUGGCUGUCGUCGUCAAUAAAUUCAUGCCGGACAAACAGGCGCAAGGACAACCACCGGUGAUGUACGUGCAAGGACCGCCGCCGCAAGCGCCUCCACAACCCGCGCCGGGGGCCGCAGCUCACACCAACUAACCGACUCACCCCAAACGGAAACCAAGUCUCGUCGAGGAGAAAAGCCUCCACUCUCAGCCCUCGAAGGCUCACUCGUUGAAUAUUGAGAUCUCAUAAUCGGAGUCGUUUAUUCCAUCGGAUCCAUAGGGUGUAUAAUCGAAAAUUUGUUAUCAAGUUAUUAGUUUUUAAAUUUCGUUGUUUUUUUUUUUUUCACAAGAAAAUUUCAGCCUCGGAUUGUAUUUCGAGAACUCCUGGUGCGUACCUCUCGCUUCGAUCAGUGGCGAGGCUUGAACGAUUGAUCGAUAUUCCCCCAUUGGAAGCUAUGGUAAAGUAUUAUCGAUUAAUAAUGUGUUCGUUGCGAACACCCUGUAUAUCGAUCCUUAUCCAUAGAUUGAAAUGGUAGAUCAAUCGAUACAUCGCAAAACACGCCACGCCACUGGCUUCGAUGUACUCCAAAAGUAGUAGGAGCUUAGUGUGAAGCACCUGAUUCUUCGUCCUUCUUUACCUAUACAUAUGUGAGGAUAUCGUAUUUUAACUUCCGGCCGCUGUUUCAGAGUCUGGGUGAAAUACAUUGUUGAGCACCCUCAAAAUAUUUCACAGAAAGCCCCUAUAACUUUAACAGCGAGAGAUAUAAUAAGUACCCUCAUUGAGACAGGUAUAGGCUCUCCUCAGUGCAAGGGAUAGCAUUUUUGACAUGAUUGUUCUCGAUUCGAACAUUUUGAGACUUACGUCUCAACAUUAAUAGUAUCAGCACAAACGCUGCAAAACGUAAUUAAUACAUUUUAAGAGGAUGAAUUAAGAAAACAGUACUGAAAUCAUUUUUUUAAAAAUAAAAAUUAAAAAAAACACCGUGCCUUGGCUACAAAUUUUUGAUUGCAAAAUUUAAAAUGAAAUUAAUCUUUUGAACAACUACCAUUCAAAUUCUUUGGCUUUCCAUAUCUAUCAUGACGAAUCGGUCCAAUGAAAGAUUAAUUGAUCAAGUGAUCGAUUGAUGGAUAUACUACUUGAUUGGUGCCACAUGACAUAACUGAUUACAAAUGUUCAAUUUUCUGGGGCAAAACUGAAUAACACUGUUUACAAAGGUUGCUGCGCAACAUUUCAAGGAGACUUAAAUGUCUAUAAUUACCAUCUUUUUUUCGAAAACUCAAAAUAAAAGGCGGUGAUUGACCAUGAAAAGUAUCCAGAAAUAAGCAUAGAGAGUUUUACGCCCAUUAAUUCCGUAGGUCAACGACCACCCCCCACCCCCCUCUAUAUUUCUUCGGCUAAUUUAGGAAUCUUCUUGACCCUCUUCACAUUUUCUCUUUAAUUCUAUAUUUUUAAUUUUUGUUUCAAUUUACGUGCGCAUCCAGAGAACUCGAAACAGAAUAAAUAAUUCGGCUCCUCUUCAGUAUUUAACAUUGCGCUGUUCUCUGUAGACUGAUUCAGACCACGUCACGGAAAGUUAUCGUCUUCGCAAUAGGAAUUAAUUUAUUUUCAUUAGCAACAUUAAAAUAGGUUAUGUCAUUGUUAUUGUUAAUGUUUGAAUCCAAUUCGACAUAAUCUGUACCAUUAGAGAAUUUUCACUGUGAACGCACGUUUGAUUCAGUCUACUGGCAUUGUGUUGAACAUUUUUUUCUAUGAACAUUGUUUAGAACUAUUUUAUUUAAAGGCCUUGGCUCAAAUCCCGGAAAAGUUAGCGGCCUGCUUUUAAACCAACAUCUACAGGUUUACCUCGAGCAGAGGUGCUAUAAAAGCUAUUAAUGUUGAACACUAGUGCGACAUAUUUGUCAAUAGUUUCAACACUUAAUGUAAUCGUCAGUUGAAAGCCCCAUGAAAUAUAGGUAAACUUGAAUUAAUUUGAGGUUUUCAGCUGACAAUAAUAUGAGACCUUUGAGCUGAAACCCCUCUGAGAGGCUCGUGUCUAGCUGUAGAUAUUUUAAAUUAAAAUACGCAAACUUGAUAAAAUCCUAUUUUGAUCUCAGAAUCUACACCUAUUAGAAUUUUUUAAAGGUCAAUUAGUCAAUGUUAUUCAAUUUUUGUUUCGUCUCUUUAUUUUUUGCUACGUAAAUAUAGAAAAUUCUGGCGAGGAUUGGUUAGAAAUUAGUAAUUCACGCUUAAGGGCGAAUGAUUCUGUAAUACGUUCGGACAUACACUUUUUGUACUCAACCCUUUCGGGGUAUAUAGAGGAAAAAUGAUGAGUAGCAGAUUAAACUUAUACUACCGUUCAUGGAAUAUUACAAUAUAGCUCUGCUGAUUUUUGAAGAUACUGUCGAAUACUUCUGAAUAAAUGAUCCCUAACCACCAUUUUUCUAAUGACCAUACAACAGAGUUUCAACGUUUAGGGACGCAGGUAGAUUAAAGUGUUUAAAAAGGUAGCGUGUACUCUUCCCACCAAUAACAAGUAUUAUAUUUAUACUUCUGUAUAAGAUAUUUUAUAUCAUAGUAUGAAUAUAAAUAUGUACUUAAAACUAUACGUCUGCUUUGUAAAAUAAACCUCUCAUCAAAUCUGUGCUAAUAUAUAUACAUAUGUUUCAAACA